AUGUUCCCUCAGACCUGCAGACUGUCAUGUGAAAUUAGAGGCGGACCUGCAUACCUGAGGUGCUCCACCUGUCUUCACGCACAGUGACUCUUAAACUCUGAGUGAAGUGUGGACUGACUGUUUGUUCUUGUGUUUGUGCUGCAGAGAGCAGGAAACCUGUGAAGGACUGUUUCCUGGCUGUUCUGUCGUCUCACGGCGAGGAGGGCUGCGUGUUCGGAGCUGAUGGGAAACCAGUCCAACUGUCAAAGAUCUUUUCUUAUUUUGACAAUGAAUGUAUGGAAACAAAGGCCAAACUGUUCCUCAUACAGGUGAGAGGAGGAACAAACACUCUUUAUCGUCAUGGAGAUUCCUCUUUCUCUGCUGAUUUUUAAAUCCUCCUCUAUUAACGGUCUCUGCAGGCGUGUCGGGGGGACUCUCUGGACCCCGGCGUCGAGGUGGAUUCAGCCGUUGACACCACAGAGAGCAGCUUCUCCCAGCAGCUCAGCGUCCCUGUAGAUACAGCUGUGAUGUACGCCACGGCUCCAGGUGAACACCCGUCCAUCCACCUGACUCAGAUCAACACACACACGAGUUAAAACAACAAAUUUGAUUUGACCUUUUAAAGAGACGAGGCACAGAUUUCCUGAUGAGGGACUGACCUGAUCCUCUGCCUCAUAGAGUCAUAUUUGGACUAUUUCAAACAUGUUUACACAUCAAUAAUUAAGAUUAACAUUGAGUACAGUUGCAUUUUCACUGAUGUGAGUUGUUGAGUUAGGGCCUGUGUCCACUGAGAGCAUUUUUGCACCUAAAGGUGGGGUAGGCAAGAAUCUUUUAAAGAAGCAUCUACUUUUGUGGUUUUUAUACAAAAAAAUCUUUUAAUAUCAGUCAAUAGUUAUUAGUUAUUGAUGUUAUUGAUGACCUAACGUUAUCUCUGUGUUCUCUUAUGUCUGUGUAGUCAACAUUUUACUAUUUUUGAGCGGUCCGCUCUUUCUGACUGUAAACAAAGCCGUUCUCCACCUCCUCGACCUGAUUGGUUGCAAGGCUGCUCCCCUGUGUUGUUCAGGAGCCCAAACAAAAUAAGCGUGCUACAAUAUCAGACAGUAGAAACCAACCAUAAAGUUCAGAAAAUUGUCUGAAUCCUCCUUUGGUCACGACUGCCAACACAAGCAAGAAAACAAAGUAAAUAUUGGAGAUUCUGGCGGAAUAACGGGCGCUUAAAAAGGAGGUAGACCGGACAAGAGCUAAAAAGACGGGUCAACAUAAAUGAUGGGGGAUGCUUCGGGAUCUUGGUGACCCUGUAACCUUUCUGUUGGACAGGUAAACCGCUUUAACAAAGUAAGCCAAGUGUCACUAACUCAGAUCCUGACUACCCCACCUUCAGAUGGUUCUGUAUUCUUAAAAUUGAGUUUUAAUGUCAAUUUUGACAGAAAUUUCAAGAAAAAAUGUAUAAAUGAUCCAAAGGAAUGAUAUCCUGGAGUCUGCAGCAGCUCAGAGUCAGAGCGGUUUUAUUUUAAAAUUCUGUCAAAGGUGGGGUAGUCAGGAUCUGAGGAAGUUCCAGUUUAUAGGGAAAAAAAAAGUAAACUCUACCCCUCCCAACCAGUUUUCCCCUCAGCUCCUCCUCUCCCCUCCCUCUCUGCUCCAGCAAGCCCCGCCCACAAACAGACGCUCCUGCUCGCUCGUAUCGUUACAAUUAAAUUCAGAUAUAAUGCAGAUAAAUACUUCAGAUAAUUACAAAUGGGGCCCAGUCAACGUGAAUGUAAAAAGCAUUGGUGCUACUGUAGAUGCCAACAGACUACCAGCAAACACAAUGUUUUCAGGUCUUCUACAACUAGGAAAAAGUCACAUAGUCCAGGACCAGAGGUCAACAGUUAAGCGGCGCUACAACACACAGCAGGUCCCGUUUGACAAGAAACACUUACACUAACACUUACUGUUACAGACAUUUGGCUUACUUUGUUAAAGCGGUUUACCUGUCCAGCAGAAAGGUUACAGGGUCACCAAGAUCCUGAAGUGUCCCCCAUCGUUUAUGUUGACCCGGCUUUUUAGCUCUUGUCCGGUCUACCUCCUUUUUAAGCGCCCGUCAUUCCGCCGGAGUCUCCGGUAUUUACUUCAUUUUCUUGCUUGUGUUGGCAGUCGUGACCAAAGGAGGAUUCAGACAUUUUUCCAACUUUCUGGUUGGUUUCUACUGUCCGAUAUUGUAGCACGCUUAUUUUGUUUGGGCUCGUGAAUGACAGGGAGGAGCAGCGUCUGCCUCACAACCAAUCAGGUCAAGGAGGUGGAGAAUGGCUUUGUUUACAGUCAGAAACAGCGGGCCGCUCAAAAAUGUUAAAAUGUUGACUACACAGACAUAAGAGAUAUUGUUACAUUACCAAAUGUCAUCAAUAACUAAUAACUAUUGACUGAUAUUAAAAGAUUUUUUGUAAAUACAACACAAAAAAAAGAUGCUUCUUUAACGGAUUCCUGCCUACCCCACCUUUACAUGGAAACAAAUACAAGAUGGUUCUGCAGGAUAACUUACAGAAGACAGCAUCAGUGGACACAGGCCCUAAGAGCUCAGACACUAACACAGAUCAGGUUCCAGGUUCUCAGGUGUUCCCUGUUAAAACCCUGUCCUCUGUCCUCUCCUCAGGUUACGGGGCGUUCAUGCACCCACUCGGAUCUGUCUUCCUGCAGACUUUCUGCACCUUAUUAAAGGAGGAGGGGAACCGUAACCUGGAGCUGACCCGCCUCAUGACCCGCCUCUCUCACAGAGUCGCCUACACCUUCCAGGCUAAAGGUCGCAUCUUUGGCGGUAAGAAAGAGAUGCCAUGCCUCCUGACGAGAAUGACCAGAGAAGUGUUCCCGUUCGCUGAAGCGGGGAAAGAAGGCGGAGUCAAGGCGGGGCUCUCUGCCACGUCUCUGGUCCACCCUGUGAACAUCAGAGCACGGACUCCUUCGAUCAGUUAGACUGCAGCGCAGGAGGAGGAGGGGAUCAGCUGACACGGAGGACACAAAAACUCAGAGAACAGUUUGAGUUUCCAUCACAGAAAAUGUCUGCUGAGAUAUUCU